AUGGAAGCUCGGUUCCUCACAGUUUUCUGCAUGUUCCUCCUCUGCUCUUUGGCGUCUGUUUUCUCCUCUCAGGGGUUAAGGUACCAUCCUGGGCGUGAAACCAGUUCAGUGUUUAGAAAUCUGUCUGUACAUCCUAACAGCAGAUAUCCUCUGUACAUGAUGCAGCUGUACCGCUCCUUCAGGACCGCUGAUUCCUCGUCCUCACCGGCUGUCAAAACCAUAACGGCACAAGAUGACAAUCUGUCAGCGCGCAGAUCCGACUCUGUGCUCAGUCUGAUGGCCAGAGGUGAGUGGACUCUUCCAUAUAUUAUGUGUUUUUUUUUAUAGUUUGUGUUAAACAGUCAUGUUCUGUCUGUGGAAGUUUCUUGUGCUCCAUCCUCCUGCAGCUCCAUGCUUUCUGUGUUAUCUGUGUUAUCAGUCACUCCCCUUUACAACCCAGCAAGUGUCAAAAUGCUUAUUGGACUUAAAAGGCUCUGUGUGUUUAAUGUGAAGAGGGUGUGUAUAUUAGACCCUCAGACGUCCCUGCACAGGGGGGUUCAAUACACAUCCUGUUCUUGUCUCCCUCCCACUGCAGUGUUUUGACAUUUGUCCAGGGAUCUGGUUUGUCCUGAAGCAACCAGACAGCUGAAUCUGGUGUGAAUUCAAGUUUCCUCUCUAAUUUUCAGGGUGCUAUCAAGAAGGAGAAAGGUGGACGGUCACGUUCGACAUGUCAUCCGUCUCUACGAGUGAGCUUGUUCAACAAGCAGAACUUCGGAUCCGAUUGCCGGCAUUUUCUGCCUCCAGACGGGCGACUGUGGAUCUGUAUCACUCCAGAAAGCAGAGCUGUGACCCUGACAGCGUGUCAUGCCGACCUGAGCAGCUUCUUCUGGGCAGUUUCGUCACAUCACCGAGCAGCUCAAAGUCCUCCUGGAAGGUUUUUAAUGUGACGGCUCUCUUAAAGUACUGGCUGUACCAGGGAGACAGAGCGCUCAACCAGGAGGCCUCAGGAGAGCCUGAGGUGGAUCAGGGGAGUGGAGACGGAGAUGAAGGGAUGAUGGACGGAAAGUUAAGAAGAAAAGUUCACCACCCAGUAAAUAACAGGGUCAUGAUGGUGAUCUUCUCCAAACAUAACCUGCCUACUGAAGGCCACACAGCGUACAGCCUCAUCCACACUGUGGAGAACUCCAAGUACGUCACCAUGGACACAGUGAGGAGUGAGAGUCAGAGUCGACGCCACAAGAGGAACAGGAUGGAGAGGAUGAGGGUCACGGAUGGAGCUUCUUCUACAGCUGCACCAUCAGCAGCAGCAGCAGCGGCUGAGCCGGCUCAGAGGACGCUCUGUCGGAGGGUGGACAUGUGGGUCGACUUUGACCACAUCGGCUGGGACGAGUGGAUCGUGCACCCAAAACGCUUUAAUGCGUACCGGUGUGAGGGGGAGUGUCCCGCUCCACUGGACGAAUCCUUCAAUCCCACCAACCAUGCAUACAUGCAGGUGAGAUGAUAACUGAUCCUCAGUAACCAUGACAACCAUCACAUUUUUGAACAUGUCCUCAUGUGAAUUCUCCUUCUUUCCUCCAGAGCCUCUUACGUCAUCACCAUCCUGAAAGAGUGUCUUGUGCGUCCUGUGUGCCGACCCGCCUCAGCCCGCUCUCCAUGCUGUACUACGAGAGCGACGAUCUGGCCCUGCGGCACCAUGAGGACAUGAUUGUUGAAGAGUGUGGUUGUCACUGAGAGACGGACAAACACCAGAGUUACUGCAGCCACAGAAGGAAGUAGUGAAAUAUCACAACGCUGGACUGGAAUUCGACUUUUCCUCUGAUGUCUUCAUGUAAACG